UGUGACUUGCCAAGGGAAGAUCUUAUUAUGCGUAGUCUCUCCUUGGACAACCACUAUGUAUAUGUUGUUUCCCAUAGAAGGUACGUAUCCACUUAAUAUAAUAACAGAACGUUAUUCUCUUAUCUUAAUAAAAAGGGAAAGAAAAACAAAUAAAAAUCAAAUAAAAAGGAAAAAGGCUUUGCAAAACGAUCUAUAAAACAAUCGAUACAGUUUGAUUCCUCGCCUCAAUUAGUAGUACCUCUAGAGUCCACUUCUUCCCCAUACUACGAGUGAAAGAGAAAAUGUAAAGACUACCAUUAAAGCAGCCCAAGCAAGACUUACUAUAUCCAUGUAAAUUAUGUCCCCUAUCUCUAUGAAGGAAUUAUUCCAUUAUUGUUCACUAAUAUAAUAAUAGUGGAAUCACUGGCGUAGAGUCAAAAAGGGAUUCGGACCCAACACCAUUGAUCAAAGGCUCUAAUAAAUCUGCUUAUAACAAAUUCUUCAAAUUCUUAUAGGAUAUUAUUUUUCUAGUAGAAUCGGAAAACGUUAAGCACAAGCAAAAUACGCAGUGACUCAUUUAGAAGUAUCAGGGAAAUCUUCCUAAGAUGUAGGAAUAAUAAGACCUAUUCUAUCUUUUCUUGUCUUUAUCUUUCGAAAAGGUAUAAAAAUAUGAAAAAUAGAAUGUCAAGAUAGAUCGUUAUCUAUCCCAUACUUUUAUUUCCCAUUUGAUCUAAUUCUUACUGUCUAAGGAUUGUCUCUGUGAAACAAUCGGAGGACCACCUAUUCCAUUCUUGACUAGGGUUUAUUGAAAAGAAAGAAUUUAUUUUUUCAUUUCAAUUUUAGAAAGCCAAUUUUCCAUCGAAUUGUUAUUGGAUACCGAGGACUUAGAGACUCUCCUGAGUCUGUAUAGAAAGUAUCUUCAGCCCUUUCCACAACCACUAAUUCGAUUUUCCGUCGGGCUAUCCAAUCUAAUUCAGGACCCGGUAAUUAAACACUACAUUAGUAGUGGAAGGGAAUCAAUAAAUCUUUAUAUGAGAGACCUUCCACCACUAUAAUCUGUCCUUGAAUCCUAGAGGCAAGGAUUUAGAGCACUUUAGCUUUCGAGAGUCAAACUUCCAGAUGUUUAGAACCAAGCAAGCAAGUCUCAAGAGUCCUUUUACUUUGUUUGCUUCUGCUGGGGAAAAAUUCAGCGAGUUAUAUUAGCAAAACGAAAUAAGAGAUUUCGAGUUUUUUCUUGAUCAGGCGACACCCGGAUUUGAACUGGGGAAAAAGGAUUUGCAGUCCCCCGCCUUACCGCUCGGCCAUGCCGCCAAAAUGUAUGAUCUCCUACAAAAUAGAUGAAAAAAAAAGUCUCCCUUUGUUUGCGUCGGGUGGGGAAUUCCUAAACUUCUUUUUUUAUUGGACUUGCAUCUUGAAUCCCGUUUUCUUAAAUUUAACCCUUGCCCGAAAAGAAAAAAAUCCUUCGUUUUUUGGAUUGGAUCCAUCCCUUCGGUUGUAUGUAUAGUAUCUCAAAACCUAAAUAUUUACAAAUUUUCCCUCUCUUUUUUAUAUUGAUAUUGAAAAAUUGAAAAACCAAAUGUGGUUUUUCAGUCACAAAAGCCAAAAUUUAGGACAAAUUGGAACCAUUAACUAUUAAAUGUGACUGUAAAUUCAUGAACGAUUCUUGGAUUUGAAUCCAAAAUUGUCUUUUCUUAAUCCUAAUGAUAUAAGACAAUCCAAAUUGAUAUAUAACUAAUCAGUAUUGAUUCUUUUCCAUAAAAAAAAUCCUUCCCAAUUUCUAUUAUAACAUCAAAUAGAAGUAUAUGUAAACCCCAGAACAUAAAUUGUUAUACAAAUAUUUAAUUGGAUAUCCUAUCUAUAUAUGAUGCCUAUAGAGAAUUAUCAGUGAAUUGUAGUGCUUCAAUAUUUCAUUCAAUAGAUGGAAUAGAAAAUGGAAAUUUUGAUAUAGCAUAGCACGCGCUGUCCCGAAUAGAACUUCAAGAAAGGAGGAAACAGCUAUCUACACAUGGUUAAUAAAUACAAACUUUAUUACUCUAUUACGCCCUUCGAUCGUAUUCUACUAAAAAAAGGUAAAAGUAUCUCUCUUUUAUGCGAAUCAUUUGUUGAACAAUAGAAUCCAUGAAAAAGUUAAGUGCUCAAAAAAGAUCAACUCUAUAUUUUUGAUGAUUAUAAUGUCUUUAUAUCAUCGAACAGAUUAAAUACCGAAUCCAUUUAUUUUUCUGGUACCCAAUCGGAUUAGAAUAUGUAAUAUCAUAAUAAUGGUAGAAAUGGAAUCACUUUUUUUUUGAUAUUCUAUCCAAAACUCCAUAAGUCUAAGUGACAUUUAUUAAUUCCUUUCGAUUUUGUAUCUGUUACAAAUUCCAAUUUGAAUAUAAAAUUGUCUUUAUUCCUCCGUUCAUAUGCAUUUCAUACAUUCCAUAUAUGGGGUGGAUCAAAUUUCAUGUGAUUCAGUAAACAAAAUAGAAAUUCCAUCAUUGCUAAAUCAAUCCAUAUGAUUUGAUGAAGAAUGGGUCAAUAAUGG